AUAAUUUCGACUUUGUAUGUCAAAUUCGACUGUCAAAUUUUUUGAUUUUUAGUAAUAGUUUCGAUUUUCCAUCUCAUAAAUGUCAUCAUUUCCUUUUUUUUUUUUUUUUGUCAUAAUUGUCUUUAAAUCUCAUUUCGAUUUACUAUGUCAUAAUUUAGAGACUGUCAUAAUUUCGACUUUGUCAUAAUUAUGAUUUACAAAAGCAUGAUUUUGUCUCAUGUGGCGGGAAUGGGCUUCCAUACACUGCCACUGAUUUAAAAAAGAAAGAAAAAACGAGAAGAAAGCCAAUCAUCAAGUUCAGUCUUGCGUUUCCGUCAACUCAUCGCGAGUUCUGCGCAUGCGCGGUGGAGACGGAGCCCUGUCCAGCGUGCUGAAGCGUGAGUGUCGAUCAUCCCAUUCCGUUCCUAAAGGAUUGAAGCCGUCAUGUAUGACUCGUUCUUAUACAGUAAUGAGAAAGUCUGAGUUUAGGAGCUCAUUUGUGUGAGUGUGUGUGUGAUCACUGAACAGCAGAGGAGCGCGAUCGGCUCAGAUUGUUGCUGAAUCUGAUGGACGGGCGUCACGUGACGCUGGUGUCCGCGUCACACGGUCAGCAGGUGCUCGCUGUCCUUCAGGCCUUCCGCGAGAGGCGCGCGCUGUUCGACUUCAGCAUCCGCGUGCAGGACGAGACGCUGCCGUGCCACCGCUGUGUCCUCGCCGCCUGCAGCGACUUCUUCAGAGCCAUGUUUGAGCUGGACAUGCGGGAGCGAGACGACGGCACCGUGACCCUCAGUAACCUCUCGGCUCCGGCCGUCCGCACCUUCCUGGACUUUGCGUAUUCUGGUGAAAUAGAAAUCAGAGAAGACAACGUGGACAUGCUGUUUCACCUGGCUUCUUUCCUGCAGGUCAGCUUCCUGUCACGUGCUUGCAGCGACUUCCUGGUCCAAACCCUCGAGCUCUCCAACUGCCUGCACCUGUUGGCGGUUGCGGAGGGAUACGGUUCCUCACACCUGCUGCGUCGUGCGACCGAGUUCGUAACGCAGAACUUCCACACGCUUUCCUCCGCACCGGAUUUCCUGGAGAUGCCGGCACGGGUUCUGGAGCGCUGCCUGGCGUCUGACGCGCUCAACGUGCCGGAUGAAGAGAGCGUCCUGCGCGCGCUCCUCCGCUGGACGCGGCACGACCCGCAGACGCGCGAGAGCCUGCUGCCGGAGCUCCUGCCUCAGGUCCGUCUGCACCAUCUGCCGCCGGCUGCGCUGGAGGAGGCCGGACACUCCGAGGACGCUCUGACCACCGACGGACGCUGCGUUAGCAUUGUUAGCGAAGCACUCGCGCGUGUUCGAAAAUCCAGCGGGCUGUUUUCAGACGCUCGGCCUUCGACCACUUCCAGCUACAUUUUCGUGUGCAAAACGGAGGAAAACGCAGAGAUUCGUUACGCAUUCUGCUACGACAUCGGCGCUAACCGCUGGACGGAGUUGCCGCAGGAUGCGGCGCGGAUUUUAGACCUACCCGGAUCAGCUAUCAUCGGCUUCGCCGAGAAGCUCUUCAUCAUCGGUGGAUGCCGCGGGAACUGUCGUCGCGCCGUUCGCCUGCACAUCGCCACGCCUGAGCACGACCCCACGGACGAAGUGUGGUGCUACUGUCCCGUCACACGCGGCUUCACGCAAGCUCCACGCAUGCGCCACCCGCGGACCAUGCACGCCUGCGUCGCCGCUCUGCACCGCAUCUACGCCAUCGCCGGGAAAUCCAUCCUGGACGUGGAGUACUUUGAUCCUCUGAGCAACGUAUGGAAAUCAGUCAGCCCGCUUCCCAAGAGGAUCUACUUUCCCGAAGCGAGUGCGUGCGGAAGCGUCAUCUACGCUCUCGGAUCCGAGGUGGAAAUCUCUGAAGCCUUCAAUCCGUCGCUGGACUGCUUCUUCCGCUACGACGCAGUGGCGGAUCAGUGGUGCCAACUAGUGGCAGAGUUUGGCCAGUUCUUCCACGCCACGCUCGUCAAGUCCGUGUCCGUCAACGACACGCUGUACCUCUGCGAUCUCUCCACGUAUAAAGUCUACAGCUUCUGCCCGGACACCUGCGUGUGGAAAGGCGAAGGCUCGUUCGAGUGCGCGGGCUUCAACGCGGGCGCUAUCGGCGUGCGGGAGAAGAUCUACAUCCUGGGCGGCGAUUAUUCGCCUGAUGAGAUCACGGACGAGGUGCAGGUGUACGACAGCGGACGCUCGGAGUGGCAGGAGGUCGCGCCGAUGCCGCGCGCUUUGACCGAGUUUCACUGCCAGGCGCUCAGCUUCAAUCGCUACAGGGAUCCCUGGAGGACGGAUCGCGCUGAAACCAUCAGAGACUAGGGUUCGGACAAUUCUAUCAAUGCAUCGUGAUUCGGGGAUCAUUUCUGAUAUUUUCCAAAUGCAUCGCAAAUCGAUUCUAAGCUUAGUUUUGAACAACAGAUGGCGCUCCAGGCUAGUUUUUAACCGCAUGCUCAAAUGCUCAUGAAGAAGAGCGCUCGUGCAUUCGGCUGACACCCCACUGCAAACACCCCUGUAACUCGCUUCAACCUUUUUGAACUUUAAGAAUUGGAAGUAUGGCUGUUUCUAAAGCACACAGCGCCAUCUGCUGUUGAAAACUAAGCUCAGAAUCGUUUCGAGAGAGAAUCUUGAUGCAUUCGUAAAAUAUCAGAAUCAUUUCACGAUUCGCAAUGCAUCGAUGUAGAGACUGAACACACACACAAACACACAACUGCUUUGCCAAAGAGCUGUUUAUUAAAACAAAUAAAACUAUGUCUUAAAUCAAUACA